AUGGCUUUGUCUUCAUAUGAUGAACUUCUCAAACAGGUGGCGUCAUUGAAAUCUGAAAACUGUCACCUGCGUAGAGAACUUCAGGAUAACUCCAGCCACCUAACUAAGCUAGAGAAUGAUGCUUCCAACAUGAAAGAUGUUCUGUCUCAUGUCCAGGUUUCGUUUGGAGAACAGGAGCUGUGUGAUCAUGAGGUGUCUGGGGACUGUGGCCAGGAAACGGGGGCAGAUUAUGUCG